AUGCAUUUUCACGUUAUUCGCUGGUCACAUCCCGUAGUCUCUUGGCCUUCGCUUCACCGGUUCAUCAACUCCGUCCCCAAGAACUUUCAGCCGAAGAUUGGUCUUGAGGUACACGCCCAACUAAAGGCCAGAACAAAGUUGUUUUCCCGGGCAGCCUACCGAUUUGGUGCUCCGUCCAACUCUCAAAUAACUCUUUUGGAUGCUGCGAUUCCCGGCAGUCUUCCAGUACUUUAUGCUUCGUUUAUUACCCCAUGA